GCAACUCUAUGGCUUCCACGAAAGGCAGAAACUGAUUUUCCUUUGUGUACAGCACCAGUGAUAGCAUCGCUGUCAGUUCGUGUGAUUUUCGCAAAAAACAGAAAAUGCUUCUUGCAUUACAUGUCGCCAUUCUACAUUAACGACCGUUCAUCUGUGCUGAUUUAGCGUAGGCUAUAGAACCACAAGACAAUUUGACGCGAGUCGUAUGCAGUGAAUAAUGUAGCGAACUAAGAGAUAUUAACAAAAGCUUCAGUUAUGUUUUUGGCGGAAACGGUGGAGAAAGGGGUGUGAUGGUUUUUGUUCAGCUCUGAGUCAUCCAACAUGUCUCACUCUUCCAAGCCUCGAUCCCACCCUUGUGGCCUUUGCGACAAAUCUUUUGCCCAGAUAUCCAUGCUCACCAAACACCAGCAACUGCACACUGAAGACAAGCCCUACAAAUGCCCCUACUGUGACAAGUCUUUUACUCUUUCUUCUCGUCUGGUUCUACAUAAACGCACCCAUGCUGGGGAGAAGCCUCAUACCUGCCGGCUUUGCUCCAAGACCUUCAUCUCGUCGACCCACCUGGCCCUGCACCUGCGCUCGCACACCGGAGAGAGGAAGUACAAAUGCAGUGUAUGUUCCAAAAUGUUCAUGCAGGCGUCCCAACUUAUGCGCCACAAGACCAUCCACACUGGCGAGAAACCCUUCAAAUGUCCAGAUUGCAAUAAGUGCUUCGGCCGUGCCUCACACCUGAAAACCCAUCGUAGGCUCCACACCGGUGAAAAACCCUUCAAAUGUACACAAUGUGAAAGGGCUUUUACGCAAAAGGCCGGACUUAUUAUACACUUGCGCUUGCACACAGGUGAGCGCCCUUUUAAGUGUGACAAAUGUGGCAAGGCCUUUCGCACGUCAGCCCACCUGCUUAGCCAUCAGGCUUUGGAGCUGGGCGAGGGAAGGUACACCUGUGCCACGUGCAACAAGGGCUUCAGGUCGGUGUCCGUGCUAAAACAACACGAGAAAAGCCACCAGGGCAGCGGGAUGCUGUGUUGUAGCGUGUGCUCGGGGGCCUUCGCUCAGUCCUCUUAUCUGCAGCUCAAACUGCACUUACAAAACAGAGAGCAGCUCUUCCAUUGCAAGGUGUGCAACAAAAUCUUCGUGAAGAUGUCCACUUUUGAGAAACACUGCAAAAAACAUCAGACAGAGAUGGACGGAUGUGAGGACGAGGAAGUAAAAGAGGAAGAUGAUCCCCCAUUUGAGCUGCAUACUGCUGCAUCCCCAACGCCGUCGACGUCAGAAGUCAACACGCGCUCCAAAACAAGAGCCAAAAUUAAGAGUACAAUGGAAAGCUCAUAAGAAUGGACAGGCAUAACAUUCACUUAAUGUCUUUCUGUAUUUGUGAUGUAUGAUAUAAAUUAUGCUUUCAUCUGCUCUUAGUUGUGUAAAAUAAUAAAGAUAAUUCUCUGCAUGCAUACAAUACAGACCUAUAGACCACGGGCAGUUGUACAAAAACUUGCCUUUGCACAGCUUUUUACAUUUAACUUAAUUUAAUAAAAAAUAAAAAAAAUUAUCUUAUCAAAAAGUGGUACAAUUCUAUAUCUUAUCAGCUUUGAAGAUAUACUGUAUGCAUACUUUUACUGCAUACAGUUACUUUACUUGGAACCAAUUCUUUAGUUCUUAAUUUUGCACAACCCCAUCAAAAAUACUAAAACUUACUACUACACAUACUAUAUCUAAAAAUGUAAGAGAAUUGAGACAAACACAAAAUGUGAACCCACAGAAAGCUCCAUGGAAAUGAAAGGACCGUCAUUAAGUGCCCAUUUUGCUUCUAAGAAUGUAAUAACCAUUCAGCAGAAAUCAGCACAGAAAAUGUGGAAAAACAUUCACACCGGGCCAAGCCUUAUGCACAAACCAUUUCAUAAUGCACCAUUUUUUUAAUUUAUGUUUCAGUAAUACAGUAAUUACAUAGGUGUGCAGUCAGCUACAUGCAACUGACAAAUACAGAGAAUAUAUAAAUGCUUGCACAUAACCCACAAUACAUAGAUGCUUGGUCAAUUCAUGCAGGGUUAUCAUAAUCCACAAUGUAUU